CAAUCCGAAGACGACCGCAUGAUGACAGACGACGGCGCGCAGACCCAGCAGCAGACACAGUCUACACAGCAAGCCUCCCAGAACGACUAUGUUCUUGAUACUCACCUAUGGGGCUACCUCAUCCCCUGCAGCGCGAACCUGCGCCGGAUCGACUUCCAGAAGAUCAAGACGUCCUACCGCAUCGGUCGCAACCGCGAGGAGCACAAGAACGACAUCAUCCUUCCGGGCAUGAAGAUCAGCAACUUCCAUUGCAUCAUCGAGUGGGAUGGCGAUGAGACACCCAAGUCCGCAAUCAAAGUGACAGAUGCGUCGAGUAACGGAACUUUCAUCAACGGCGAGAGGAUCGGCAAGGGGAAGGUCAAGAUACUGCGCGACGGAAACGAGAUCGCGUUCGGAACUUCUGCUCCCCAACCGGCGAACGGCGGAUUGGAGGACUAUCGUUUCGUAUAUCGCCAUAUGGCAUGCGGUCUGCCCAACCGUGGCUUGCACAAGUACUACGACCUGCAACACGAACUCGGCAAGGGUUCAUUCGCCACCGUUAUGAAGGCGCUACACCGAGAAGAAGACAAGUGGUACGCCGUCAAGAUGAUACAGGCGAACAAGCUCCGGCGAAAUCUGAGCAAUGUGAGCGUGAAUGGUGUUCCACCCGAAGACAAGACCAGCAACUUCGCCCGGGAAAUCAACAUCCUCGAGCGUCUACAGCACAGGAACAUCUGCCAGCUGAAGGAAGUGUUCUUCGAGCCUUAUAGCAUCAACCUCGUUCUGGAGUGGGUGCCAGGAGGAGACCUCCUCGAAUACAUCCUCAACAAAUCAGGGAUAUCGGAACCUGAGGCGCAGUCCCUCACAUACCAGAUCUGCGAUGCGCUUGCUUAUGUUCACGCUCAAGGAAUCGCGCACCGAGACCUCAAGCCGGAGAAUGUGUUGUUGACUGACGAUAGUCCCCCUAUCGUCAAAGUCGCGGACUUCGGUCUCGCGAAGGUCAUUGAUAGCAUGACCAUGUUACGCACGAUGUGUGGCACGCCUGUCUAUCUCGCACCAGAGGUCGUGAACCAGGGACCUGACAAUGAGGGAUAUGACCAACUCGUGGAUAGUUGGAGCGUCGGUGUGAUUGUCUAUUCCAUGCUCACCAUGUCCACGCCCUUCGGUGAUGAGGAUGUGAACCAGGACGUCAAAACACGGGUAGCCAAUCGUCAAGUCCAGUGGGACUACCUCCAGGAAUGCGGCGCAAGCCCUCUUGCGGAGGAUUUCAUCCGCAAACUUCUCGAGUAUGACCCGCGAAAGCGCAUGUCCCUCACAGACGCGCGCGACCACCCCUGGCUGGCAGACCAACGUGCCGCCCACGCCGCCUCCGCACCCCCACCAUCGGCUCCUGUGUCCGCCCCCGCAUCGCAAGCCAUAGCUGCCCCUCGGCGUCAAGGGCUCGUCGACGCAUCGAUGCGCUCGAUCAUCUCGAAUAGCAUGUCGCUCGACGAUGACGCAGUCAUGGACACCGGCCGCAUGACGCCCCCAUAUGUUCCCGGACUGGGCAACGACGAAGUGGCACCCGACCAAAUACUGGCGAACGCAAUCGAGCGCCUGCCAUCCCGCCUCGUGCGCCGGAGCAACUACAUCCAGCGCGCGCGAGACAUGGGCCAGGACCUCCCCGGCCCGUCGCAGGAGAUGCAGCAGCGCGCGGCCGCAGAGGAGGAGGCGGAGAACUUGAAUGAUCCGCCGAGCUCGCGUGUGAAUAAGCGCAAGGCCGCGCUCGACUUUGAGGCAUCCCUGACGCCCAUGGACGAGGAGGACGAGAAUGAUGCGGGCGCGGGUGCAGAGGACGACCCAGCGCCUGCAGGAGCGCGUGGGGGACGGACGAAGCGCGGGCGUGGGGGUGCGAAGAAGGUCGUUGCUGGGGCUGCGCCGCCUUCGAGCAAGCGUGGGCGUGGGCGCGCGGCGACGGCCACUCCAGCGGCCAACGGGGACGAGAGCGAGGGCGGGGGGCUGAGGCGGUCGUCGAGGCUGAAUCAGGGCUCACCGGUCCCGGUUAAGGUCACGAAGGUCGCACGGCGGAUCUGAGGGCGCGCACCUCUCCACAUGGCCCCGCCUCGCACUCAAGUUCAGAAGAAGCGAGGCGCGAGGGAGGUGUGUGUCGCGGCCGCGCGCUACGUGGCUUGGUGUGUUGUCGUGUUCUUGGCUUUCCUCGUGUUCUGGUCUGUCGUGUUCCACAUGCUUGCUCAUCCGGCUACCCGGGGGAUGCUUAGUUCCUUGAAGUCAUUCCUUUCUGCAUACCUGAUCUGGUGAUUCCCCGGACCCCAUCUCCUGUUCUUGUCCUAGUUGCUCUGUUCCUCUCCUAUCUUACCACCAUCGCCCCCUCAUUUCUCCCUCGACACGUUGCCGUCCGCACCGAGCUCCACCAAUCAGUCUUCUCACCCCUCUAUGCCAUCUCCCAUCGCCUUGUGUAGUAUUGAAGAAUCCGAAAACUGACAUUAUCCCAGCUUUGCGCGUAGCGCGAGCCGUAAUACGCUCCUUUGAUUACUGUGUUUAUAUCUAGUCGCGCCGAUAGGCUUCUCCACGUGUAUUUGGAUUACAGGUUGAAUAGAACUGCAUAUAGU